AGCGCUGAAUGUAGCUUACUUGUACCUAUUCCUUUUCGCCUCAGAGUAUGUGAUAAGUUAGUGAAGUAAUAUGUGUGCAUUAGACUAGGCUACUAUUCUCAUCCAAAUUCACAAACUCCUGAUGUUUGUUGAUAUUAUGAUAUCAACGUUAGUCGAAAUUACAGAUAAUUCUCAAGGCUUAUUCACACUGUUCAUUUAGCAUCGUACCAUUACUAUUGAAUAAAAAGCAUUAAAAAUGUCUAUCAUAUUUAACGCAAGUAUACUUCGGCAAAUGCUGCGGUUGCCUGUGUUUGCUGCGCCAUCUUGUGUGUGUAAUUAUAUUGCAUCAUGUAUUAGUGCGAAUUCACAGGUGAAUGAUUGCUUUGAAAAUGGCCUCGGCGAUUCAUACACUGCGAGACCACAGGGAUGAUGUGAAUUGCUGCGCCUUUUCGGCAACUUUGUUGGCGUCCUGCUCCGGGGAUAAGACUGUCCGUGUGUACUCCCUCAAUGACUUUUCCGAGUUGCGUUUCUCCCCACUUUCGGGUCAUGGAUAUGGGGUACACUGGUGUUGUUUUAGCAGCUGUGGAAACUACCUUGCGUCCUGCUCCACGGAUGCUACUGUUAUCAUAUGGAGUAUGGACACGGGCGAAAUUAUGUUAAAAUAUGAACACCCCGGUCGAAGCCCCGUCAGAGUCUGUGCGCUCACCCCCGACUCUUCUUUAGUUCUAUCCGGUGCAUCCGACGGGACAGUUGCACUGUGGGAUUUUCAGUCAACGACUCUCCGCAGGACAGGUGCUGUCACUGAGGCCACUGUGGCGGCCUGCUCCUUCACUCCUUGUGGCCAGAUGUUUGUAACCGGAUGCACUCUGGGAGAUCUGAAGAUCUGGGACUUGGACCUGGUCCAGCUUCACACACAGAAGGACGCACAUGACCUAGGAGUUACCUGCUGCCAGUGUGACUCCAUCUCUCACAUUGACGGAGAGAGGGUGAAGUUUCGAUUGGUCUCCUGUGGGCAGGAUAGCCAGCUGAAGAUAUGGAUCAUCUCUCAGCAUGCUGUCGCAGGCUGUCAUAUGCAGCUGCUGCACACUCUAAAAGCCCAAUCUGGCCCGGUGGUGUCUUGUGCCUUCUCCAGUGAUGGACAGCUGGUUGUAUCCGGAUCUGUGGAUAAAACGGUCACAUUGUAUGAUGGAUCUCAGGGAGUUCUGCUUCACACUUUGAGCCAACACGAAAGGUACGUGACCGCCUGUGCCUUCUCACCCUCGCUGCCCUACCUCGCCUCGGGCUCCAUGGACAAUACGGUGAUCGUGUGGCGACUGGGGGACGGCUUGAGCGAAGCACCAGCUGCUGUGUGCCAAGGAAGGAAGUGCGCGGGUCACUCCGGGCUGCUGGUGAGCGACUGGGCCGAGGAGCACGUGGCCGCCUGGCUGGCCGAGGAGGGCCUGGAGGAGCUGGUCAGCGCCUUCAAGGGCCACAACAUCGACGGACCUGAGCUCCUGAGCCUGACCAGAGACACCCUGGCCAGAGAGCUGAGCAUCGAUUCAGUGGGGCUUCGCGGGAAGGUUAUGCGUAAGAUUGAGGAGCUGAGGGCUGCCCUGGUUGGCUCGGCGGCUCCGGAUGAGUUCCUGUGCCCCAUCACCCAGGAAGUCAUGAAGGACCCCGUCAUCGCAGCUGAUGGCUUCUCCUACGAACGGGAGGCGAUGGAGAGCUGGAUCGGCGCCAAGAACCGCACCAGCCCCAUGACCAACCUGCCCCUGCAGACCACCCUGCUCAUCCCCAACAGGAUGCUCAAGAUGGCCAUCGGCCGCUGGAGAGCCACCCAGUGAUGGAGAGCUCCUCUGGUCCGCCUGGAGCUGAUCAACUGGCUUCACUGACAGAAGAAAAACAACAUGCUGCUGACAUAAAAUGUGCUUUUAUGCUAUGAUGAUCAAUAAUGGUUAUUCCCAGCUUUUCUUUGCCUCUGUUCAUUUAAGAAUGUGGUCAUUUGGAAGACAUAUGGUACUUAUGGUUAAAUCCCAGUCACAUGGGGUGACAGAAAACUGCCGUACAGCGUGACUAAUAAUAAUAAUAAUAACCCUCGAGCUAUGGGAGCGAAUGAACUGUAAUUGUAUAUAAUCAUAAAUGCUUUUAAGGCCCAUUUCCCAAAGACAUGUAGCUUUAAAAAGUACAGUUGUGCACUUUUGCACUGCAGAUUUGGAGUCUGAGCCAAUCAAAUGACUGCCCUUUGAGCAACUAGUAGUUUUACCCAUGUUCAACUGACAAAAGCAUCUGACUACAUCCGCGUGCCUCAAUCCCAAUGGCUGUGGCUAUAAAUAAAUAUCAAUAAAUAAAGAUUAGAUUUUAAA